AUGGAGCUGCGUCCACUCUGUGUGAUGAUCUUGUUUAUUUCACUUCUCCGAGUCGAACAAGCUCAAGAAUCAAAACCAGUUCUGUCUGUGCAGCCGAAUUCACCACAGAUAUUCAGUGGAGAGACAGUUACACUCACAUGUUAUAUUUCUGGAUGGAGUGGACCGUAUCACUGGUACAAAGAUGAUAUUUAUGUUUACAGCUCUGAUGAAAACGUCUACACUAUAAAAGUGUAUCAGAGUCACAAAUAUGAAUGUCAUGGGUGUGAGUGUGAACAGAAAAUGAGUAAUGCAGUGACUCUCUCAGUGAUAGAGAGACCUAAAGCCGUUCUGACUCUGCAGCCUGAUGGACAGAUAUUCAGUGGAGAGGAAGUCACUUUCACAUGUGAAAUACCAGGACAUGCAGACACUGAGUGGACGUACAACUGGUAUAAAGAUGGAGUCCAACUUUCCUCCUACAGUGUGAACAGGAAAUAUUCAUUCAGUGCUGUAGAGUCUUCCAGCGGUAAAUACACCUGCAGUGGACGGAGAAAAGACGACUCUCAGACCUCAAAGACCAGCAACGCUGUUACACUCACUGUGUCAGAAAAACCUAAACCUCAACUCACAUCAGACCUUAAAGGAGCUGCACUGACAGGAAACUCAGUGACUCUGACCUGUACACUAAAGCUGAAGUCUGCUGGAUGGAAGUUUUACUGGAUCACACCCACACAGAGCACUAAGACUGAAACACACUCCUACACCAUCAGCUCAGUUAGUGUCUCUGAUGGAGGUCAGUACAGGUGCAGAGCUGGAAGAGGAAACCCAGUCUACUACACACACUACAGUGAUGCACUCUGGGUAAAUGUUACUGAGAAUCCUAAAGCGGUGGUGACCAUAAAGCCUGAUAACAAUGUGUUCAGAGGAGAGAGUGUGACUCUCAGGUGUGAAAUACAGGAAGGAGGAAGCACUGAGUGGACAUACAGCAGGUAUAAGGAUGGUUACACACUCAACUUAGUCCACAUGACACAGGAGUUCAGCCUCAGAUCAGUUAGAAAUGACAACAGGGUUAAAUACACCUGCAGAGGGAGGAGAAGCAGUGACUCUCAGAGCUCAGAGAUCAGUGAUGCUCUUACACUCACUGUAUCAGACCCAGCAGAGGCAGUAGUGAGUGUGUCUCCACUGAGCUGGCUGACUGAAGGAGACUCAGUGACUCUAAGCUGUGAGGUUAAACACUCCUCUACAGGCUGGACAUUCAGCUGGUACACAGAUGUUCCCUACAGAGACAGUCAGGGUUCCCUCAGGUACAGGACAGCGCUCCUCUCAGACAGCAGCAGAGGAUCUGGAGGCUCCUACACUCUCAGUCCUGUUACUCUGAAUCACACAGGAGUUUAUAUGUGCAGAGCAGAGAGAGGAGAACCAGUCUUUCACACACACUACAGUGAACCACAGCCUCUGUGUGUCACUGAUGAGUGUUGUUCAGUGUCUCUGAUCAUCAGUCCCAGCAGAACUCAACACUUUACUGCUGACUCUCUCUCACUGAGCUGUGAGGACCAGAGAGACUCUACUGGAUGGACAGUGAGAGGAUACACACACAGUGAGACACUGUACAAUUGUUCAUCAGUUUCAGGAUCUACAUGUAACAUCAGCUCCCUCUCUACAUCACACACUGGAGUUUACUGGUGUCAGUCUGAAUCUGGAGGACGCAGUAAUUCUCUCUACAUCACAGUGCACAAUGGUGAUGUGAUCCUGGAGAGUCCUGUCCAUCCUGUAACUGAGGGAAAUCCUCUGACUUUACGCUGUUUAUAUCACAACACAAAGAUCUCAGACUCUGGUGCUGAUUUCUAUAAAGAUGAUUCAGUUCUCCAGAAGCAGACUACAGGAGAGAUGACCAUCAGUAGUGUCUCAAAGUCAGAUGAAGGUUUCUACCACUGUACACACCCAGAGAGAGGGGAGUCACCCAAAAGCUGGGUUUUAGUCAGAGCAAGUUGUUCACAUGCAGAGGCUUGUAGAUGCAUGAUCAGUAGUCUAGUGACGGUCUCUGUGUAUCUGCUGCUGACCAUCAUUCUGGCAGUGAAAUGUUCCAGAGCUCGAGCUCAAACAGAUGGAGGGAACACCCAGAAUGCUGUUACAGAAGAGUAAAAAAAGUUCAUUUAUAAAAUAUAUAAAUAUAUAGAAAUACAUAAAUAUAUAAAUGUAUACUGUUUAUAAUUUUGUGUAAAAUGUUUUCUUGUCUGUUUUGAGAUAAUAGUGAUGUGUUGCUUUAUUAAGUAUUUACUUUGAAUUUGCUAUUCCAUCUGAUGUUUCUGUCCAAGUGCACUGUAAAAACUCCAAGUGCUGACCUAAAUUCUUAAAGUCGUACUGUAUUUGUUGACACAACAGGUUUCUUGUAAACUUUGAAGCUGCAGAUUAAAUGAACUAGGAAAAUCAAGUCGGGCCAGCAAUUUAUCUUCCCUCACAUGAUUCACAUGAUUUAUA